GAAACCAAGUGGUUUUGAAGUUGACCUUUCAGCCUACUUACAAAAUGAGCUGCACAUCACAAGAUAUCAAAAUGUUUGUGCGUACCCAAGGCUGGAAGGAAAUUUUGAUGUUAUUAGUAGUGGUCUAUACAUAUGAAGGAAGAAAAGCCUGUCCAUUAUGUUCUUUUCUAAAUCAAACUACAGACUCGUCAGAUUGUUCAGAACCCUGUGGAGGUGGAAACUUGUAUUAUUUUCAUUAUAUUUGCUGUGGUAACUUAACGAAAUCAACAUGUGAGGCCACCUGUAAUCUUACUCUGAGUAUUACCAAGUCCCUCAAAGUCAAUGUUGGUUGUAACAGAUUCUGUACCAAUGGCGGCAUCUUUAACGAAACGCUGGAGACAUGUUUGUGUUCCAUUGGAACUUCCGGAAAAUGCUGUGAAAACAAUGUUACCAGUUCCACUGCCAGUACAACAACCCCAGCUAAUGAAAACGGAUCGACGGUCGGUGAAGCACAUUGGUUAAGUAGCCGUUCAAGGCGUCAGAAAAAGCAGACGCUGUAUGUUGCUGUGGGGGUCCCUAUCAGCGUAAUACUAGUAACUUCAGCAUUCAUUCUAUUUGUGUUCUUAUGGUGGAGAAAAAGAAAGAGAAGACAGCAGGUUGAUAUAAUUGAAAAUGAUGACAGUUCAACUGAAUAGUACAGAAAUUGACAAUUUGAGAUUUCUACAAUGUUCUAUGGCGGACGAAGAUGAAUUUGAGAAUCUAAUGAGACAGAGCGGAGAUGGUUCUUGUUAUGAUGAAAUAAAGUGCAUGAAAGAUG